UUUACAUCAAGAAAUAAUGGGAACAAGCAAUUCAGUAAUGAUUUCAUCUGCAGUGUUGAGAAAAUCAUAUCUUGGAACAAUACAAUCUGAAAAUGAAGAAGUAGAUGUAUAUUAUAAACCUAAAGAUUGUAUUUUUACUUUACCCAAAGAGACAAAAAUAGAUGAAAGCCAAGAAGACCAACAAAUAAAGUGUAAAGAGAUGUAUAAAUAUGAAUCUUUCUUAACCUUGGAUCAUCAAAGAGAUUUUACAAAUAACUCUCUUAGCUUUAAGUAUUUGGAUGAGAAGCACAAAUCUAUCCAAGCUAAAACGUUUCAUUUCACAACAGAAAAAGAAUAUAAACAAGCAUUCUCUAUUUUGGGAAAUAUUAAUCCUGGUCAAAGGGAUGGAAAGCAAAGAUAUCUAGGAAUUAUAGUUAAUCCUAUCUCAGGAAGCAAAUAAAUCAGUUGAUUAUUUUGAAAAUGUCUUUAAGCCAGUCUUAGAAUGAGCUGGCUUAAAAUAUGAUGUAUUCCAAACAACUGGCCCUACUUACAUACAGAAUUUAAUAAAGGAUAUUGAUCUUAAUGAAACACCAUACACAGAUUUUAUUGUCAUUGGAGGAGAUGGAACUAUCUUCCAGUUGAUUAAUUCUUGUGAGAAUCAUCCACAGAAGGAAUCUCUUCGUAAAAUCCCUCUUGGAUUUUUUCCUGGAGGUUCUACCAAUGUUAUCAGCUGAGACCUUGGAUGCACAAAUGAAUAUCUUUCAACUAGUAAAAUAUUAAAAGGAGACACUAUACAAACAGACCUGAUUGUGACUACUUUAGAUGAUGGGAAGAAAGUAUAUGGACUAGGAGGCUUCAUUUAUGGUCAUGCUGAGGUUUCUGUUCGAGAUUCAGUAGCAGAUAGAGAAAAUUUUGGAAAAUUUAGAUAUAUGAUACGAGGAGUCCAAGAUUUCUUUAGUAGCAUUCAUACCCCAAAAUUUCCAGUGGAAAUAUCAUAUAAGUUGCAUAAACCUUUAAAACAAAACAAAGAAGAGAGUAAGCAAAUAUUGCCAAUUUUAUACGAAAAAUGGAGAAAAUAUCCCUUAAACGAAAUUUUCUCAAUGGCAAUAAUCCACCACGAAUGUAGAUCUACAUUUUUUAGCGCUCCGUUAUUCCCAGGGAUGAGAUACAACCAAGGAAGAAUGCUACUUUAUAUCUUUGAGCCAACUUACAAAUAUAGGAUGCUUGAGUUUAUUUUUAAAUGGAUAUAUGGCAAAGGAAAGCAAGUAUAUGUCCCAGAUGUUACACUCACUACUAUUUCCAAAAUCCGUCUAUCAUUCCCAACUAAAACCUUUGUUGCCGUUGAUGGUGAAAAGUACGAAACCUCGCACUGUAGCCUUGAACUAUCGCCGCACAAGGUGAACCUGAUCGGCCAGCUCUGGGAUUACAAGGAUUAUGAACAUGAUGUUGUUAAUUAUUUUGGAUUUUAGUAAAUUAACU